AUGACAUGCUCCACAAGAUUGCUAGAGCUGGAGCAAGCCGAACAAAUAUUUGCAGAAACUUACACCGACUUCUUCGCGGAUCGGGUCAAUGGUAUCCGGAUCCAUUUGGCCUGCAUUGCGGGGAAAGGAGACUGGAAGUAUCUUCGUCAGGCGUACCUCCUGGCGACUGGCUACAAUUGUAAGGACAAGUGCCACCUCUGCGAUGCCACAGAUUGGUACGUUCUUUCAAAGGAUGCAGUAUGGCGUGGGACCAUCAACAAUCGCAAGGAAACUCCUCAUAAAAGCCUUGACAUACCUUUGCUCAAUGUGCCUGGACUUCGAACUGAGUUGAUCUACACGGACCCUAUGCAUACGUUUCAUCUAGGCUGGGGCCAGGACCUCGCUGCAUCUGGAGUUAUUCUGUUGGCACACUUGGAGUACUUUGGCAAAGGUGCUCUAGACACUCGAUUGGAACGGGCAUAUGGCGAAUUUGUUACCUACUGCUCGGGGGUGGGUAGAACAACCAGCUGCGAUGGAUUUUCCAAGCAACUGUUUGACAUGAAAAGCAACAAUGCUUUCCCAACCUCCCUGGGCGGCAAAGCCUUUGACACGUCUUUGGUUCUGGCGUGGUUGGAGAGUUUUAUGUUAGGACUGGACAUCCAACACGAGAUUUUGGAGACACUUCGAUACACUGUUCAAUGUGGGAAUUUCUUCUACCGAAGUCUUCGAGAGCAUGGCGUCUUCAUUCCACAUGAGACCCGGAAUCUGUUGGUAGCAGCAGGGCAAAGCAUGGAA